CUCCAAGUCCAAGGCUGUGGUGUUUCGGGCAUUUUAUGCUAUCAGCACUUAAGUUGCCAUCUUCGGUCCUCUAAAGUGAAGACGAGGGAGCGAGAACGCCUCGGUACAAAAAAUCCUCGAGAAAGGCGAGAGAUGGAGAUUCUGUGUCCAUUCUUGUGCCAGUAACAGCUGUCGCAUGAUGAAUUGAUCUUGUGACACAACAAUGGUCAGGACCUUGUGAUAAUCUGAUGCUGAAGAUGUCGAUCAACAAACUUUUCCCCCUCUUCCCCUUUCCCAUCCCGUUCACACUUCAUUAUCGCCCCCCUGCUGUCAUAUACAUAGACGCCUUGCCUCGCUGUUGCCUACUUACAACUGAUUACAUUGUAGUGCAGAUUAGCUUCAAACCACUCUGCUGACCCAUACCCGGUGAUACAUCGUUACAUAACUAAGUAUGUUUAUAUAGUGGAGAUUCUUGCUUUGGUUGCUUAGAUGAAGUCCACCACAUGUUCGAAAGUUCAUCACAUCAAAGAGAAAGACAUUCUUGCUUCGCCGUGGUAUGGUAAAUACACAGAAUGUGGGCACCAGGGGGUGGGUGGCGUGCUGAACCGACGUCAUAUGCAGGAGUCUGCGUAAACUAUUCCAUGACCCCGCGACAGAGCAAGUACGUAAAUGACUACGCGAGUACCUACAUCAGUGACUACCGACCCAACGUCUUCGUGAAACCCAUUUCCGACGUCUACGCAAACAUUCCGGCCGAAUACAAGGUCAUACUAAUAGUACCUAGAUGAAGAUAAUUAAUAUUCACAUAUUUUAUUGGAAAUUUGUAGAUACUUAGUCGAUCUCGGCCACCUGAUCCUUUUCAUAUUCUGCAUGCAUUUCAUCGCGGUGUCCUGUCGGUCUCUCAUUCAUCUUUCUUGUGGCACAUCCUGUUCCCCAUCGUAAAAAUAUUCUUCUUCAGACUGAGAAGCAAGAGGUGCAUACCCAUUGGCAGAGUCCGCGCGUUCCACCAUAUUAAGACUGUAGCUAAUUCAUCUUUGACUGCAUCCUUGAUGAAACGUAUGCGAGAGGAUUUUACAGCGAUACUCUUCAGGGAUGCAGUUAAGAGAUGAAUUCUGGAUAGCUCUAACCAUAUCAUCGCGGUCCCGCAGUGUACAACACGACAACGGGACGAAAUUACACAAAGGCGAGCGGAGUCUUGAAUAUACCAACAGGAGCUACAAUGAUUUCUGCACGCUCAGAUAGUACCUCGUCGACGGCCUCUUCGGUGCGCCGUGCCCAAUCCGCCGAUCCUCACUACCGCGAAUCACCGCAUAGGAUUUUCAAUUAUGUAUCGUCUACUUUUGGAAUCAAUAAAAAACUUACCGAUCAAGGUUUGGGUAGGCUGUUUUUGUCUCGGCUUUGUCGUGAUCAAUUGCAGACUGAAGCCCUACGGUCGUCACGAAAGGCGAUAUCAGGGGCACAAACAUGACAUCAAUAAAAAAUAUCUCCACUGCUAGCUAGUAGUUGCUACUUUUAUUGCUAUGCUGAUCCUUUAUCUCUAUGUCUAUGCUUCGCGAAGUUGAAAACGUCACGAGCCGUUGGCAAGUACUAUUGGAAGCUACAGUUAGAGUUAGUAUAGUCUUACUCUCUAGAUCAUCUUCAGAACAUGGACGCGUAUCAGAUACUAUCUUCCGUAUCUCUAACGCAAGGAUUCUCCUUCGAGACAACUGCCACCGGCGUUGAGACGCAAGAUAAUGCGACACGAGGAUCGCUUGCGACGAGAAAAUCGUCCCCCUGGGAAGAUAGUGCCGUUGACGUAUGACGGACCAGAAAACACAUCACAUCCUGUGCCUCUGCGACGAACGCAGUCCGCGAAGCCGCCGAAUUGGAGAGUGCUAAGCAGUGAACAACUCGCAAACCGAGCUGAUCAAGGAUGGAUGGUAAGUCGUAUUUUCACAGUUUGUUUUUCUUUUUGCUGCUUCACUUAUUGAUAUUGUACUAGUUAUUGACCAAAUUCUAGAUACAUCAGCGUCGCCUUAGGGUAUUGAGUCGUUGAUAAAAGUAAUCACAACGGAAAAUUCAGCUUUAUCAAACAAGUUAUGACGCCUCCAGAUAUUUGUGUGACCUGUUGCUUUUUCAUAAAAAGGUUAAGACCCGCUACGAUCCGUAUUGGAAGCCACUUCCGAAUUAUUCGGCUGCCUGGAGUGCGCCAGGCCUCUCGUUUCUUCCUCGGUCCAUCGACACUAUGCCUACUGGCACUGACUGGAUGUCGGCACAUUGCCGUACCAGGCAGGAGCGAGCUCUACUGAAGCAAGGGUGGUAAGAGUCGUCGCCAUGCUGAUGCUUUCGACACAUUUGUAGGUAGGUACAAGAUGACCUCUAGUUUCAUAUCGUAGUCAAAUUGUUGUCAUAACAAUGGUUAAGAUGGUGCGACUCACAACUUCGCAUAGAUAGUCAUAGUACUUCAACCUCUAUCUUAGGCUUAUUCGAACUCAAAAUCACAGUUCGUAGUUUACAUUCAUAGCAUCGUCGAAUGAUUUAGAUCCUGUAAAAAUGUAGCGAAGAAGUGGAAUGAAAUAAUAAAUUGAAGAAAACCAUGAUGCACGCCGUGGGAUAUAUUACAGUAAUUUGGUAUUUUCGAUUGGGAACUAUUCCUUGUAUCUAAAAAAAUGAAAUUCAUCUUGUACUUGUAAAAAUGACUCAUUGAGCUUCAUGGUUCCUGUAUCUAGUUCUUGUAUUGACGUGCCUUAUUCCGUUAGCAGUUAAAAGUAAGUAUUUCCAACAGGCAAUGUAUACACUUGUCAUAUGAUCAAGAAGGAACUGCCCUCCUUGUUGUCCUUACCGCGCUUUCAAAAGACUGAUACGAAGAUGUGAAGAAAAAGUUCACGCACCUAUCAUUUGGGUAGGCUUUUUCGGACUUCUGUCUGAUCUCCUUCUCGUCCAGAU